AAUGCGGGCCGUGCGCGCGAGUUUCAUCUGCGGAGUCCAUGCCAGAGCUUCCAAGUUCUCCGUUAAUCCCACUCUCAGCAUCGAACAGUCUACUCCUGGAAAAUGCCAUUCCUCCACCUGCCCAGUUCCACCUUGCCAACACGCCGCUCGUCUGCAUGGCUUCGUCUUCCGUGCCAUUUAACCUUUGCACUUGCACCUGGCUGACCUGGCUCCAAGAAGAGGUUGUGUGUUCUUGUUGAACCUUCUCUCUCCCGCCGUGUAAUCCCUACACGCCCACUUGUCCCAGCCCCAGCACCCGGCGUAGCACCGUUGAGAAGAACAACAGAUAGCCCACGGCCCCCAAUGUUCGUGCCUCAGUCUUGAGCCCGGCGUCAGAGUGCCACUACCUAUUCCCUUCGGAUCAUGGGCAACGCUCAGAGCAUUCGAGGUAACCAGAACCGCCUCUCCAAGCCCAAAACAAACACCAAUUCCCCGAGCCCAUCUCCCAAGAACGGCUCCCCAGUCUCCGUAGCCUCCAAGUUCGCAGACACUACCGUCACCAGGCGGAAGGAGAGGAGUAUAGGGAGCUCUCCGCUGCGGACAGAGUUCAGUUGCGGUUUGGGUUCGAAAGCCGAUGAGACGUGGGAGGAGUUGGCCACACAAGUGCAGGUGCGCCUCUCCAGCCUGUCUCGGUCCAAUUCGGUGACCUCCCAAAAUGGCCGUGAUCCCAAUGGCAGGUUAUCUGCCUUGCCUCGCUCAAAGGCUUCCCUCGGCACGCAAGCCCACCAUGUGGAUAUGGAGACAGCUCUUAAGAUCCUGCACGAGGUCAGGAAAAGUGCCUCUCCAGAGGAUCUGGCCGCCUUGCAUGAAGCCCUUCAGCCUUCCUCACCUGCUCCUGAGAACACAUCGAGUGGCAGGUCUUCUCUUCUCAGCCGGUCCACUUCGUCCCUGAUACGCCAUCGUUCACUGAUUUCUACGCCCGGGCUAGCAACCCGAAACUCCCAAACCAAUUCCCUCCGCAGAUCUUGGAGCUCAUGGAAGCCACCAAACUCUGCUCAGGAGCACAAGUGGAAGGUGGAGAUGAUGGGUAGCUCGCAGCUGAGCGGGCUAGCAGCGCUCGACUUGGCCGAAGAAGGUCGGGAAUCUCCCUCCCCGCGUGCCCGUACCCCUGGUGAUAUGGAAUACUCGCACCUUGGCUCCUUCAAGCUGGGUUCACUCGUCGUCACAAAUGGGGCGCCGUCUCCAGCAGCGAGUGCACGCAGAAUCUCACGACGCAGGUCCAACUCCGAUUUAUGCCAGGAAGAGGAUUACUUCUCUGCGUCUGCAAGCGAAGCCAGCCCUAUCGUGUUGAAGGCUGAGCGCAGGCGCGGGCAUUUCAGAAGCAAGUCCUCUAUCCUCCCCGACACGUCGCCUUUACUCCGUCACAUCAAUGGUGCGAGGCACGGCAGGAAGACCACCAAAUCAAUCCGACCAAUAACUCCUCCCAAGCCUGCGCGACCGUUCGAAUUCGAACCACCGCCAGAGAUGCCGAAGGGGCGGUUGAAGGUGGUAAAUAAGAGUGCCGACACACUUGCCACAGACGGCAUGGCCGAGUCUCCUGUGCGCGAUCCUGGGGUCGUGGGCGCUGUGCAUCAUGACGGUGUCGUCGACCCCUUCUCGGACCGCAUUCCCACAUUCAGAAAAGAGGCUCUGGACAUUCUGGACGGCACCAUCUUUGCUGAACCUGACAACAUCCUAGAGCGCACCUCCGCCUCAAGCUCCAUGCAGCAACCAGCGCAACUCGAUUCGAAACCGAGGAAUGCAAGGCCGCUCAGACGACCUACACCCAGCACGGCAGACUCUGGCUACUCCUCAAGCGGCAGUUUUCGAGCUUCUUGUCGCGACACUGCUAAAUGGGACUCUGUUCAUGAGCGUUCUGAAGAGAUGGAUGCGGCCGAGCACUUGACAUGUAAACCCAUCGUCGUCGAUGAUGGUUCCGGGAGCCUCUAUGACUUUGAAGAAAUGCUAGCUCUCCCCAUCUCCCAAAAGCCGCUGCCAUCGCUCCCACUCAAUGACCACAAUACAACAGAGAGAACCGAGACCGACACUGGGGGAUUGCCGCAGGCAUGGGACCAGGCGCUGGACACCCAACUGGCUCUGCUGGAAGCAGGAGAGAAAUCUACAGCUGCUAGUAUUCCAACAAGCCCUACUCCAACCCGGAGUAUCUCUUCUGCCCUGUCUAAGCUGACCACAGAAAAUGCAAGUGCGGUUCAGAAUCGCUUGCAGAAGCGGCGACCGUCCAUGCCCGAUCUGCCCAUUGUUCAGUCCUGCCAACCGGCCGAGGGCAUGAUACCCAAUGUUCCUCAUGAUAUCAGAGCGAAGUUCGUCCGCCGGCUAUCCGCUAGUCCUGAGAUGGAGUGCUUGACACGGACCUUUUUGUCGGCAGAGCACACCAAUCUUGAGGAGCCCACCGUGGAUACCCCUUCUACUGCGGCAUCUGCAGCCAUCUCUCUGGACUUUACAGCCCCAUCUCCUGCUCCGCCUCCUCGGGGUAGACAUCAUCUGCGAGCUUAUACUGAAGGCUACUUAAGGUCAUCGACGGUCAGUAUUAGGCGAAGUUUGUCGGCACUACGUGGCAAAGACCCCGCCAGCAAAACAAAGGAUGUGAAGAAUGCCGAUAGUGCUCCCUUGCAGGUUGUCGAACUGGGCACUAUCGGCUCCACGCUGGGUCGGUCUCCCUACGAUGCGGCGAUGUCUGCUAGGCCUAGGUCGGUUGCCACUUCAGCGACCCAUGCUCACCAGCUAGGCGAUGGGUUUACCCGGGCGCAGUCGAUGGUUGGCAUGGAUUCGAAGACGGCUGCUGAAUUUGCCCAUAUGGGGAGUAUGGAGCGAGGCCAACCGCGAGCAGAAAGACUGCAGAGGCCGAUGCUGGGCCAGCGUCCGCGAAGCUAUCAUGAUGCCAAUCUAGAUGUUGGUGCAGCAAUGGCUUUGGGAGGAGGCCUACGGAACAGGCGGUCUCUUCAAACCUUCUCGCACAGCGUGCAUGCUCCGAGCCCGCAUCCGUAUGAUGCGCAAUCUCCGGCCUCAGGCGUUGAGGCUGCACACGCUUCACGAGUCCACCCGGGCCCGCGCUUUCGUGCUCGUUCGACCGGACGGGGACCCAUGGUCUCUCAGCUUGUCGGACAGUAUGACGGGUAUUACCAGAUGGUGCCACUGCCCGAACGGCAGGAUUGGCAGCCAUAUGCGCGACUCUGGAACCAGCGUCGUAGAUCGAUAGAAGGAGGCUUGCAUGAGCAGGAAGAAGCUUCGCAAUCCAGCUCUCCUCGGAUGAAACAUGGAUCCGCUUUGCAGAAGUCUAUCUCAUCGACGGCGAUAUGUAACCGGUCUGACGGCGGACUCUACCAUGGAUACGAAGCACGUGGCUACGGGAGCAGUGGCAGUGCAGGUACGACGCGGCAGCUGCACAGCGCUGCGAGCCGCAAAAACAUGUGGUACAGCCACCAGCUUGGGCUGGAUCUAUCCGACGUACCGGUGGUCCUGCAGCGGAUGGCGUAGGAUUCUCUGGCAGCGGGCGUCGAGCAGUUUUGUUGUCAUGAUAGCACGGAUUUAUUGCAUGACACCGUCUUUUCUCUGGAGUGGAUUGGGCAUCUUCGCAGGGCGGUGUGUUUGGGCUGAAUGCAGGCGAAGUGCCAGGAUGGGAGUUGGCACAGCUGCUGGGUAUGUGAUGAAGGGGAGAGACAUUAAUCUACGAGGGAUAUCUGUCGGUUGAGGGAGAUAAUGCAAUAAUGGCGGUGUGAAGGAUAUGUCUCAGUGCACCGCUCGCUGAAGUCCGGAUAUACUGUGA